GGACGGCGAGGGCCCGGCUUCCCGGUGCGUUUGGGUUCACAUAUUUCGGAGUCGGUCCCGGCCUGUGGUCUCCCGGCCCUCGAGCCUUCACGGCGUUAUCUUCCUGCUUCACGCCGUCCCUGGGCACCCCUCCCACCCGCGCCGCGGGUGUCCAGGGACUUGGGCGUGUGCGCCUCGCCCCCGCAGCCUGGCUCGGCUCGGCCCGUAGAGGCGCGGAGUGUGUCCCUGGCUCUGUGAUUGCGCAGACCCCGCCGCCCUCCUGAGAUCCCCUCCCGUGCAGCCCCGCAUGUAGUGAGAGGACCCAGGAAGGGCACCGUCUUCAGUGCGGGCUUUGGGGAGCGGGAUUUAGGACGGAAGAUCGCGGGGAGUCACAGAGUAGGUCCCCUCCCCCACGCGAGGAUGGGGGGGGCCUUGUGGAGGCCGUGACUGCGGAAGGGAGGCCAGGAUAGCGGCAGACGAGGGAGAGAGGGGGAGCAGGAGAAAGAGAAUGGCGGAGGAAAGAUCAGUGAGAGGGUCCGUAAAUUAGAGACGACAAGAUAGAGGAUGCGGGAGGGACUUGCAAUGAGGCCGAAAGAGCGGAAGAGGAGAACUCGGGAAAGUCGCAAGCGGAGAAGAGGAAAGAGCGAAAUGUGGAGGAAGGGGAGGCGAUCCAGGAGAAGGGGAGCGGACUAGUAGGGGCCCUUGGUUAACAGAAGUGGGGCAACAAGGGCGAGGCACUUCACGCAGGCAGUGGGAAGGAGAAAAUGGUUGUGGGCCGGCGAUGCGGGGACAGAGAGAGGCGGUAGGGAUGACAGCCAAGAGAGAAACAGCUGUGCGAGAGCUUAGCCAGAGGGGUGCCAGUGAGUUGGGGCAGAGGGAACGCAACCGGGAGAGCAGAAGGGACACAGAUGGGGACUGGGGGAGAGAAAGAGGCCGAAAUAGAUGGAGAUGGGAACAGUCUGAAAGCUUGGGCAGGAAGAGUUAAAGAAGGUGAAAUAGGUUUCAAGAGUUCCCCGGAAAGUGCAGGUGUAGGGAAGGGAAGAGAGAAACGGGGAGAAAGCAAGGGAGGAGACGGAGGAAUGACAGGAAAGGAGAAACAAUGGAGAGAAUCAGGAAAGAGACGUGAGCAGAUUAAUAGAAAUCCUUCGGUGGGAGAAAGAAGGGGAACCCAGAUCUGGGGACUGCUGACAUUCGGGGACGUGGCCAUAGAAUUCUCCCAGGAGGAGUGGCGAUGCCUGAGCCACAUGCAGCGGGAACUGUACAGGGACGUGAUGCUGGAGAACUACGGACACCUCCUGUUCUUGGGUCUCAUUGUGUCAAACCCAGACCUGGUCAUCUUUUUGGAGCAAAAGAGGGAGCUCUGGGAUGUGAGGAGAAAAGAGACAGUGUACAUCCACCCAGGUCUUGCUGCAUCUAAGCCAGACCUUUUUGGAGCAGAAGAAAAAGUCCUGGGAUGUGAAGUGAAGGCGGACAGUAGCUGUACAACCAGGUCUUGCUGUUUCUAGACUGAAUCGGGUCACCUGGUUUGGAAAAGAAAAGAGCCCUAGGACAUAAAGAGAAAGACAGUAGACACACCACCAGCUAUGAUUUCUCCUGGAAUCCUUCUGAGCAAGAAGUCCAGAGGACAAA